CACAUCUCCCCAGGAGCUUAUUCCUUUGCACUUUCCCCAGAGCUCUAAUACACGUAGAGCUCCUUCCCUGUCAUGACAAACGCGCCACCCCGUUGCCCUGCAAUCGUCCGCGCUUUCUCCAAGUUCAACAGGGUGCAUGUACACUACGUACCGGUAUAGGCAACCACGACCCAGCUCCCCUAUCCAGCUCUCCAUCCAUCCAUAUCAUCAAACGAAUAGGUUACCUCCACUUCUCCCUCCCAAUCAAGGUCCUCAUACCACCACAGGGGCUUCCCCGCCAUCAUCCAAUCCACCUUUCAUCCCCCCACCCUACUAUCGACGCUCUCCUCCUCUUCAACCUCUUCAACCUCUUCAACCUCUUCGACACGUCACCUCUUCUCUCUCGCAUACCAUUGAUAGGUCGCUUGGAACCCCUUUCUUUCUGUCAAUAGAGGGUAUCGCUGCGAACCUACCUUGGCGCUCGGAUAGGCGAUACAUACGCCCCGUCGUAUCGCAUCGAAUGCAUUCCAUUUGUAUUCCCAUCCUCAACUGAACUGAUUGCGUGUAUCCGUACUUUUCUGCACCCACCAAAGGCCUAUUUCCGUUUUGUCCGCAGCUAGAAAGCACGUUAUCAGUCCAUUUCGCUCUUUGGACGCCCAAAAGAACCGACGUUUCACCGGCACGCUCCGACUCGGUCCCU